AUGGACGACAAGCAAGAAGAAUAUGAUGUCCAUGUCGAGACUGUCGCUUUCGAGGAGUCAGUCUGGACAGAGGACCAGGAGAAGAAAGUACGACGUCGACUCGACUUCAGGAUCAUUCCGAUAGUGUUCACACUCUAUCUUCUAUGCUUUCUCGACAGCAACGCUCGCAUCCAGGGUCUUCAGAACGACCUUAGCCUCCAUGGCUAUCGAUUCAACAUGUCACUCACAAUAUUCUAUAUUGGGUAUUUCCUCGUUGAGAUUCCAUCCAACGUUCUACUCAAGAUCCUUGGAGCGAGAUAUUACCUGCCUGGCAUGGUGGUGUCUUUCGGCCUCGUGUCAAUGUGCACCGCUUUUACAAAGAGUUAUGCUGGCCUUCUGGCGUGCAGAUUCUUCCUUGGAAUCACUGAGGGCGGCCUAAUGCCUGGUAUUGCCUACUAUCUUGCGUGCUUCUAUCGCCGGGGAGAGUUGCUCCUCCGAAUCGGCUUCUUCAUCAAUGGCGCUUGCCUCGCUGGCGGGUUUGGAGGACUACUCGCUGCAGGGCUAAGCCAAAUCCCUCGCUGGGGCAUCUCUAGCACACCGAUCCACACCUGGCGCAACAUCUUCUUCUUCGAAGGUCUACUCACAAUCCUGAUAGGUCUGGGGGCAAUGUGUUUCACGCCAUCAACGCCACUCGAGUGCAAAUUUCUCUCCGACCGUGACCGAUACAUUGCAGCCGAGCGUAUCAACCAGGAGUAUCAGGAGUCUACACAACGCGGGGUCACAAAGAAAGAUAUCUACCGUGGUAUCUUCAACAUCAACACUAUCAUAUGUGGAUUUUGUUUCAUGUUCGCCAAUAUCGCGGUUCAGUCACUCGCGCUCUUCAUGCCCACAAUCCUCGUUGCGUUGGGCUACACCUCCAUUCGUGCCCAGCUGUACACCGUCCCAGUGUACGCCGUCGCUACUUGCGUCUCCCUCUUCAUGUCCUGGUUGAGCGACCGCAUCCGACGACGAGGCAUGUUCAUCUCGCUCGGGGCUCUGCUGGCAGUGGUGGGGUAUGUCAUGCUCGCCAACGUUACAAAUCCGAAUGUCAAGUAUGCGGCUGUCUACGUCGCGGCAAUCGGGAUCUUCUUCAUUGGCACCACCGUGCUGGCAUGGUGUCUGAAUAACGUGGCAGGCAGCUCUCUGCGAGCAGUGGCAUCUGCCUACGUGGUAGCCAUGGGGAACUUUGGCAGCCUGAUUGCCACCUGGGCUUAUCUGCCGGCUGAUGCGCCGACUUACAAGAAGGGACAUUAUAUUAACAUGGGAGCAGAGAUCUUGGUGUGCCUCUUAGGCAUAGUGGGGAUCCUGUAUGUGCGAUGGGAGAAUAGGAAGAGGGAUGCAGGGAAGCGAGAUGAUCGAUUGAGUGGUCUUACGCAGGAGGCAGAGCAGGACUUAGGAUAUCGGCACCCACAGUUCAGGUAUAUGGAGUGA